CUUAAAGGCUUAAUUUGAUUUUAAAAAAUGACUAAUUAGCGAAAUUGGCGGAUUAUCGGCAUCGUGUUGUCGUUGUGUGUUUGAAAUUUAAAGGAGAAGGGGAUUCCCCAGUAGAGAGGGUCAGGAUAGGUUGGUAAAGGUGGAGGAAGGCAUCUCAAUGGCCGCCUGGACUCGUGCCCGAGACAGGCAGUUACCGAGGAACCGUUGCCUUGACGACAUGCAUGUACGCAUGCGCACGUGUUGUUCACGAUUUUUUAGUUCUUCUCUUCCACAAAUUACGCGCACGCGCGCCAUUUAAAUCUGUUCGCCACCCUUCCUCAGUUAUUUAAUCAAACACCUCUUUUUUGUUUAUUAUAUUUCAUAUACUUGAUCGGCAUCUAAGGACUCACUUUUUCCUUUUAUGUGCUGUCACACACCUCUUCUUCCUCUAUUGCAACUGAGUUACUUUUUCGCAUCUCCUGCCCUGACAUUCUUCCCUCGAUAUUGAAAUCACUAAACCACCUUAAAUUCUCUCUGCAAAUUAAACUAUCACCGUCUUCAGAUCCUAAAAUUCCUCCCCACCACCAAGUCCUCCUUCAAAUAUCCUUCGGCUCGUAGUGUCGCGCGCCACCCGCCACAUAUUAACCGCAGUUAUUGUUCAUGUUGGUGAGAAAACCCUUUCGAUUUAAAUGGAGAACAAAUUUCGUAUUAGUUGAUACAUGCCUGUCAAAUAUGUCGUCAGUCAAAUAUGUUAGAAAUGAUUAAUUAACUCGGCACGUGGUGAUUAUUACAAAAAACGUAGUUUUUGCCAAUUGUAAAUAUUACUGACUGUCCUGAUAAUGGAGUUUUCGGAUACGAGUGGAGUUAUUUUUCGUGUAAUGUUGAAAACAACUGCGUGAGUUUUAAAGAACAAGUUUUGAAAAUUUUAUUCGAGUGCUAGCUUAUUAUAAAUACAAGUUAUACUUGUUGAUAUCAAAAUACAGUCUAUAUUAAUUUGACCGACAAACGUGUUUUCUCAGGAUUAAAUGAAUGCAAAAAGAAGGCUUUUCAGGGCUUUCAAGUCUGGUGUUUUAAAUAAUAAAGACUUAUUUUUGUGCAGAAUAUUGAACAGUUUUGUGAUUCUUGGUGAUCAGUGCUUGCUACGGUUGUUAUUGAAUAUCAAUGACAGUGUUUACAAGAUUUGGAUAAUAUUUUCAUAUAAGGAACUGACUUAAAAUGAAUAAGUCAAUGUCAAUUUGUUUAUUUAUUCCCAUAAAUAAGGAGCAUCAGAAAAGCCAAAGAGAUUUAAAGAUGAGAGUUGUCCAUUAACGAGAAGUGUCAAGUAUGUAAAAGAAGGCAAGAAAUCGAAGGAGAAGAGAGAAAGGUUGAUUUUCGAAGGUACUUGAAUGAUUCGAGAAAGCUUUAGAACCGAAAGAGAAUCAUUUUGGGAGUGCAAAGAGGGAUUUGAGCAAUUGAAUUAUCCCGAAGAGACAGGAAAAUUGUACGAUUCGCCACCGCCUCCCUGCCCCCGCCGGAUGGACGUAAGCGUGUGCUGUUUGCCCAUUGCCGGCUCGGGGGCCCAACACCCUCAACAUCCAGUCACUUUGUCCUCCGCAGGUCAACCUACCAUACAAACAUCUUAUCAAUAUACCGAUCAAAUAGUUCCUGAAAGGGGCCAUGCUGACGAUCUCACUAUCCUUACUACCAGUACCGGUCAGGAUAACUGGCAGCACGUAUCCUCAACGUCAACAGUUCCUAAUGCUACGUCAACAACAACAACCACAACCACCAACACCACUGCUUACAUUGACUAUUCAUGGCUGCAGAUGCAGACAUCGGACUUGGAUACGCUAUUGUGUCGACAGGAUCUCGAUAGGUUGCAAAAGCUUGAAGAUGAGGAAAAGGACACGAGAGAGCCUUCUGUCCACAUGGAUGAUUUUUUUCAAGUCGGCAACUCUGCAUGUCGACCACAAGCAAGUUUCGUAUCUCCCAGAAGUAGUCAAUCAACGGCGAAUGGUGGCGGAGAUGACGACGUUUUCCUCAGGCCACCUCUUUGGGAGGAUAUUACCUCUAGUAUCCAAAAAUUGGAUCCUGAAAACGCUGACAUGCUAGCUUCUCAAUCGCAUGUCAAGUUGGAAACGGAAGACGUAACUUCUCCCGUCUUGUCACCGGUGGAAAUAAAAACUGAACCCACAUUACAUUUGCUCGAAGGUCCUGCGAGUAAUUCCACUUUUAUCAACAGGCAUUCAGCAAGUGGUCAAUCGGUAGUUUUAAAUCAUAGAACGACGGCAUUUAAAAUAUUUCCAACGAGUAAUAGCACAAAUAAUAAUAAUAGUAAUAAUAACAAUAAUAAUAACAACAACAAUAAUAAUAACAAUAAUGACUCAUCAACAAAUCAUCAUCAGCAACAUCAACAACAACAACAACAACAACCAAAUCAUCAAGCCAACACAAACACUACGUCGUCGGCGUUGUAUGGCUCAAUGACAAGGUUAAUGUACGUGUCUCCUCUGACGCCGCCAAUUUCCGACCCAGGAUCACCUCUUGGGGGGCCACCUAGGCGAACACCUCCUCCCCCGUACCCUCAGCCUCCCAUCAUUAACGCACCUCACAGAAUCCAGUCGCAAUCUAUCACUAAAUUUAACAGAAGAAAUAAUCCUGAAUUGGAGAAGAGACGAGUACAUCACUGCGACUUUAUUGGUUGUACAAAAGUCUACACAAAAAGCUCGCAUCUCAAGGCCCACCAGAGAAUACAUACUGGAGAGAAGCCAUACCAGUGUCAGUGGCCCGAGUGCGAGUGGCGUUUUGCACGAAGUGACGAAUUAACGCGCCAUUAUCGAAAACAUACCGGAGCAAAACCUUUUAAAUGUGCUGUGUGCGAACGAUCGUUUGCACGAAGUGAUCACCUCGCGCUCCACAUGAAACGACACUUACCCAAACAACAUGCGAAGUAAUUAAGUGAAAUAUUUAAAAAUUGCCUAAAUUUGAUUCGCAUAUUUUUAUAGGUAACAUGUAAGUGUGUAUAUGCUGUACUUACACACCAACGCAGCAUUUUCGACUGACUCACAAUCAGUGAUCUUAAGGAGAUCGCGGUCGAAUCGCGUUGGUGUCAAUCGCUAUGUGCUGCCCAUUGUUCUUGUCGUUAGAAUAAAGUAUGAUUUGUAUGAAACGUUAUUGCUAGUGUAGAUGUGUGAUGUUAUAGGUACUGCAGUUCAACGAAAUGUCUUUACAACAUUGAAUUAACUUAUUGCGCGUCAUGUUUCACUCAAAAUUGCUAUUCUCUUUUUUAGUCAAUUAUUCAAAAAUAAUUUACAGCAUAACUCAUCAUGAUAUAGGUACUUGUAUUUGUCCAAUAGAUUUCUUAAAUUAGUUUUACUUCUACAUACAUUGGCAAUACACACAUCUAUAUCAAGAAUCUUUUAAAAAUCACUCAAGCUCUUUAUUCAAACUCUUGAAAGAUUAGUUAUUUUUGCUAUUCUUCUAUUUUAAUAUUAUAUGCAAACAAUACUCAUGCAAUUUAACUACUUAUAGUUUUGAUGAUUUAGUUAUCAUUAUUCGCAAUAAUGAACAUGAAAGAUGAUUUCAAGUUGACAAAAACUGUUGUACUAUACAUUGUUCACAUCCAUGGUGGCUGGUCCACUACAUAAUAGAAACACAACUAUAAUUUAGCGCAUGUACAAUACAAUUAUAUAUUAUUGUAUACAUAUACAAAACUUAGUAUACAUUAAUUUUCAUGUAGGAGUAUUUUUCUGGAUAUAUACAUUGCACAUUAUACUUACAAGAAGGGUGAACUUUGCAGAGUACUCUAAAAACCGAAUGCUAUACGUGAUAUUUUAGAGCUGUUAAGCCGUCUUAAUAUUUCAAGCAAACCAUCAGUAAAACACAAACACGUUAUUAUGUUUAUAUUGAAAGUAAAAAUCAAUUCAUGCUCUCUAAAUUUUAAUUAGUAAAAUUUUACUAAUUAAUUACUAUAAGCAGAAUUGGAUAGUAAUUGAUAGUUAGUAAAAUAAAGAUUACUAAUUCAAUCAGUUGUAUAAGAAUAUGACAUUCAUAGUUAAAUCUAUUAAUUUAUCAAUUAAUUUUGAGGGGCAAUGUUGCGGUUUUUCUUCACUGUUUGGACCAAUAAGUUGCAAUAAAUAACUAAAUCAUUAGUUGUACUGAUUGAAUUAGUAAAAAUUAUACUAAUUCAAAUUUUACUUAAUUUUUUCAAGUUACUUUCUCUUAAAAAAAAUAUGUGUGGGAGUAAUUUCAAUGAAAAAGGAAAACUUGAAAUUCAUACUUUUAUUUUGAAAAGUAAAUAGCUAGGGUAAACCAGACAGUAAUUUAGUUUUUGAAAAAAUGUAGAUAUUUCUAGCUUCCCAUAUCCUUAAAAACUUCAACUUUUUGUUGAAAAAUUUGUCAAGUGAAAGUAAAAAUCAAGAAAUUGUUGUUUAGGCUUGCUUUUUCAUGAAUUGAAUUUGAAAUUUCAUUACAUAUCAAUAAUAUUAUUUUAUUGAUUGUACGCACCUGAUCUGUCUUCCAACUGUGAUAUUAGCAUGAAGAUGAUGAAUUUUUUACUUGGAUUAAUUUUAUUAACUUUUGUUUAUUGUACUUAUUAGUUGUUCUGUGUGUGCAAUAUAUAUAAAUUUUUGUCUAUAGUUUAACUAUUAAUUACGUAUAGUCUUCUUUAGUAAAAUUUCCUCAAUUUUUUUUUAUGCUUAAAAAAGUUGUUAAGUAAAGUGUGUAUCAUUACUCAGGGCAAAGUUAUAUUUCAAAAGAUAAUUUCUUCAGAAAAAACUUGAAAGAUUUAUUUAGUUGUUUUAAAAUUUGAUGUGGAAAAUAUUCUUUGAUUUGACUAAUAUAGAUAACUUUUUAUUUAAUGAAAUAAGAUUUUCCUGAGCGAUGUCAUUGAACAUUUUAAAUAUGUUUAGCUGGAAUUUUGAAUUGUUUUAAAAAAAUUUAAAAGCAAAUAUUAUUAUUUAUAGCAUGUUUGAAAUGAAAACUCUAAAUUCUUCUAGAUUAAGUUGUAUGUAAUUCGAUUGAAUUAAAAUAUUAAUGAUUCGUCACUUAAAAGAAAAUUGUUUUUUAUAAGCCUUACAUGAAAACGUCCAAAUAAUGUUAUACAUACGAGUUGUGUCACGUAUUGCAGAGGUUACCCUUAUACAUAUCUAUUGAUAAAGAUAACUUUAAAAAUACGUAGAUGUUGCUGUAGGUAUCGUUUUACGAAUUUGCAAGUACCAAUAAUUCUUAAAUGCUUCCCAUUUAAAGUAAGAAAUGUGUUUUUUAAAAUCAUCUUGUACAAAAAUUAUGCAAUAAUGCAAUUAUUCGACUUUUUAAAGUAUUAUAUUAUUGAUAAAUUUUAGCGGGUAAAACAAAAUCUUAUAUAUGCUUACAUACACAGCAAAUAUAUGCGUAUUGUAUGAGUUGUAUCUUUUUAAAAAUGACCUGCACAUUGCAUUUUUUUAGUGUCCAUUUUUGGAGAUGAAACACUUGCAUUCUCGAGUAGCGAUAUACAUAAUGAUUAUUGUUACUAUAUUAUAGCAAGUAGAGAACGUCACAUUGUGAAUUAGUUUUAUCCCAAAGACUAUACGUAUGCCUAUGGAUAAAUGGCACAUCGAUGUAAUAUUUGCUUUGCACUUUCACCGGUAUUAACUGCUGUAAAUUUCCAUGAUCGCAUAUAAUAUGUAUAUUUCAACUGAAAUUUAUCAAUUUUUUAUUCAAGUCGCUAAACGUGUUUUCAAUGAAAGAACAUUUUAUUUUCUAUUAAAUUAUUCCGAAAUGAAAACAUUGAUUUAUAAAUUCAUUCACAUAUAUUUUCUGAUUAUCAAUAAGAAACAAAUUUAUAGAAAUACAAAUUCAUGUUUGAAUAUUUUAUUAUUAAAGUAUGGACCCCGACUGCAUAUUAUACAUAUAAGUAUACAAUAUAAAUGAGUUGCUUGUUAAUGAAAAUCAGGCAAAUUGGUUGAUUUUGAUAUUGAACUCUACACAUCAGAAUAUGUGAAUAUGUGAAAUAGAAAAAUUUUCAUUAUAGAAAUGCACAAGACUUGUGGUUUUACUGUGUGUAGUAUAGAGUGCGUAGUGUUCGCUAAUUUACUUUUUAGGGUUUUAAAACGAGGAAGGACAUAAAAUAAUGUAAUUAUUAAAAAGUUUAUUUGCAUAGGGUGAUAAUAAGAUUUGAUUAAUCGCAGUCGAAUCUGUAUAAGCUGCAUGACAACUAAUAUAUAAGGAAAAGUGUAAUCUCGUCAUUUUUACAUACAUAAAAAUAUUUAGCUCUAUAACUUCUAAAUGAGAUUCUGCUUCAUACACAGUUGUUUUUAAUAAAUGAAACAAUUAAAUUCAGUAAGCGAAGCAACUUUUAGUUACUACUUAUAAAUAAGAUCAUAAAAGCGAGAAAACGGCCUUGUUACCUAUUGAAUUUGCUUAACGUCAGGUUCGACUGUACAAUUGCUAUCUACGAUGCAAUUGAGAAAAUUUAAUUCUAAUCAACUGAGUGUGUCAAUUUAAUUUCAAUUUAUACAUUACAUGAAAAUAAUAUCUAUAGGUAAUAAUAAUAGGAAAAUUACUAUUAAAAAAAUGUAUUUUAAUCAUUUUUUUAUCUAAGAAAAUACUUUGUGUAACAAGUACUUGAUUGGCAAUUAAUUACUAGGUAAAAUUUUUAAUCGUCAAUGUUGACAUUGUUUACUUUAGUUAAAUUGAAAAGAAAUAUUAAAUGUACAAUAGAAUAAAACAAAUUAAAAGUAAUU